GCAACCAUGGCGCUGAUGUACGGGAAAGAAAAGGAUGCAGAUUUUGAGAUUGGCAAGUUGAAAACAUACAACGUUUCACAUCCUGGAUUCUGCAGUUUCUUCAAAAAAUUGCCAGCAAAGUCUCCUGAAACAGGCACCAUCCGUCUCUUCAACCGCGGCGACUACUACUCCGUACACGGUCCAGAUGCACUCUAUAUUGCAACCCAUGUUUAUCAUACCAACACCGUCGUGAAAUAUCUUGGUCCUGGCGGUCGUAAUGGUCUGCCCAGUGUUACGCUUAGCGAGAACUCGGCCAAAAUGUUUCUUAGGGAAGCUCUAACCGCUCGCCAGCUCAAGGUUGAGAUUUGGGUACCAGAAGCAGGGCAGGGCAAGCGGGCGACCAAGUUUACACUAGACAAAGAGGCUUCUCCAGGGAACUUGCAAGAUGUGGAAGAAAUGCUCUUCGGAAAUGUGGAUAUAACGACUGCUCCCAUCGUCAUGGCUAUUCGGGUCGCGUCUACGCCAGCUGCACCGGGUGCACCGGCGAAUGCGAAGACUAAGCAAGUUGGUGUCGCUUUUGCUGACACAAGCACUCGGGAACUAGGAGUUGCAGACUUCGUCGAUAACGAUCUCUUCUCAAAUACUGAAACUUUGAUUAUUCAACUGGCUGUCAAGGAAGCAAUUCUACCCACCGGCACCCAGUCUGGAGCUACUGAGCGAGAUGUUGACCUCAAGAAGCUCAGAGCUGUGCUCGAGCGCUGCAAUGUUGUUAUUACAGAACGCAAACCAAGCGAGUUCAAUUCGAGGAACAUUCAGGACGAUCUCAUGCGCCUCCUGAGUCCAAGCUCGAUACCGUCCUCAUCUACUGGCGUUGACGCAGCUUCAAUCGUUCCGCAACUCAGCCUUCCAGCAGCACCGGCCUCGCUGGCAGCACUCACAACCUACCUCUCCCUGCUUUCCGACCCAACCAACCACGGCGCAUACACCAUCCGCACGCACGACCUAACACAGUUUAUGCGACUCGAUGCGAGUGCGCUUCGCGCGUUGAAUCUCAUCGACGCUCCAGGCAACGUAGGCGCAAACAAAAACGCGACACUACUCGGCCUUCUGAACAAGUGCAAGACGGCGCAAGGUUCGAGACUGCUCGCUAGCUGGCUUAAGCAACCCCUCGUCAACCUGCACGAGAUUCGUAACCGGCAGAAUUUGGUAGAUGUCUUCGUCCAGGACCCGAACUCACGAAGGCUGCUGCAGGAGGAACAGCUGAAAAUGUUGCCAGACAUGCAUAGAAUCUGCAAGAAGUUCCAGAAGUCUGUCGCGACGCUGGAGGACGUUGUUCGUGUAUAUCAGGCUGUGCUCAAGCUUGAAGGCUUGGUGAAGAACAUUGAAAGCAUUGAUACCACCGACGAGUACAAGGUCCUUAUUGACGAAACAUAUCUUACCAAGCUUAAGGAAUUCGAAGUUUCCCUGUCCAAGUACUCCGACAUGGUGCAGGACACGCUCGACCUCGACGAGCUCGAGAACCACAACUUUGUAGUCAAGCCCGAGUACGACCCGUACCUCGAGGAACUCGCACAAAAGCUGAAGGGAGUGCGCGACGAGCUCGAUGCGGAGCACCGGCGCAUCGCGGCCGAGCUGGAGCUCGACCUCGACAAGAAGCUCCACCUCGAGAACUCAGUCAACUGGGGGUAUUGCUUCCGCAUAUCGAAGCUCGACUCAAAGAAAAUCGAAAAGAACCGGCGGGCGUACCACGAGCUCGGCACGCAAAAGAGUGGCAUGUUCUUCACGACGAGCCCCCUCAGAGAGCUGGCAGAGGAGUACCGCGAGACAGUUGCGAAGUACAAGGCGAAGCAGAGCAAGCUUGUUGGCGAGAUUGUGGCUAUCGCGGCGACGUACACGCCUAUCCUUGAGCAGUGGAAUGGGGUUAUUGCGCAUCUGGACGUUAUUAUUAGCUUUGCACACGUUGCGGUGAAUGCACCGGAGCCCUACACUAAACCUGAAGUACUAGAGAGAGGCACCGGCGGUAUGGUCCUGAAAGAUGCUCGGCACCCAUGCCUGGAGGUUCAAGACGACGUUAGCUUCAUCCCGAACGACGUUGAAAUGAUCAAAGAUGAGAGCGAAUUCCAAAUUAUCACUGGUCCGAACAUGGGAGGAAAGAGCACGUACAUUCGGCAGGUCGGCGUUAUCGCGUUGCUUGCGCAGACAGGCAGCUGGGUGCCUUGUAGCGAGGCACGUUUGCCGGUCUUCGACUCCGUACUUUGCCGCGUCGGCGCUGGCGACAGCCAGCUCCGCGGCGUGUCGACGUUCAUGGCAGAGAUGCUUGAGACGGCAAACAUCCUCCGAAGUGCAACGCAAGAUUCGCUGAUUAUCAUCGAUGAGCUUGGACGAGGCACGUCUACCUACGACGGCUUCGGCCUCGCCUGGGCCAUCUCCGAACACAUCGCCUCGACGAUCCACGCCUUCUGCCUCUUCGCGACGCACUUCCACGAGCUCACGACGCUCGCCCAGCAGCUGCCGCACGUCAAGAACCUGCACGUCGUCGCGCACGUCUCCUCUGCCGACGGCGCAGAGGAUGAGGGCGUGGCGCAGAAAAAGGACAUGACGCUCCUCUACAAGGUCGCGCCGGGCGUAUGUGACCAGAGCUUCGGCAUCCACGUCGCCGAGCUCGCCAACUUCCCCGAGCGCGUCGUCCGCCUCGCGAAACGCAAGGCCGACGAGCUCGAGGACUUCAACGCAGAGGACCGAAUGCAAACCGAGCUCGAUCCGUCCGUGGUCGAAGACGGCACGGCGCUCGUCGAGGAGCUCCUCAAAGCCUGGUCCGACUCCGUGUCGACGCACAGCGACGCCUACGACGUCUUCAUGGCUGACGCCGAAGGCGAGGACGGCGAGGGCGACCCCGAGGCGCAGCUCGCCGAGCUCAAGCGCUGCAUAGAACAGUUUCGGCCUAGGCUCGAGAGCAACGCGUGGGUACAACAGGUGCUAACAUCCCUAACCUGAGCCACUCGCCUUCAUUUAGACUCGCGCUAGUUUGCCAUGCUUUCUUGCUGUGUCUAUAUCUCCGUCGUUUUGCUGUACAAUUCAUGCUGUCUCGUCCUGCAAUCCAUCUCUUCUCGGAUCUCGCACUUUGUUGCCAGGACAGCUCGUGAAAAAUGAAGCGUAUGACGUGCACCGCACUCAUCGCCUUGGAACAUAAUAUGAUUAUGUUACGACAACGUACAGUAUUCUACACACAAAAAGGGCGUACACUGUCGUACAACUAAAGUACACGUACAUCGAUACUCAUGCUGUGGGGGGUAUUGGCCAUGAAUGGUUGUUCUAUCGGUAUCGUACACAACAUCUCGGCACCGCAAUAACUGCGCCCUGCUCAAACGGACAAUACUCGCGCGACGGACUACUCGGUAACGCGCAUCUUCUGUUUGACGUCGGCAGCGAGGCCGACGCCGCUGCCCAUGCCAAGAGCGACAUCGCCUCCAGGCCCAAGGACCUUCACGCCGGGAGCCAUGGGCGGUCCUUCAAACGUCUCGCCGAACGCGGAGAACGGAGUCGAAGGGCUUAGCGACGCAGGCGUGCGGACGCUUGCAGAAUACGAGAGCGCGGGCGAGUCGAGGCCUGAGCCGUCGUCCUCGUCAUCAGCAACGCGGGGCACGCUGCUCCGGGUAAGAGACAUCUUGCGGCUCUGGAGGGCAGUGUCGAUGCGAGUGUGCAGCUGGUUCGUCGGGGAGGUGGCAGGUGCGCCGGUAAAAUGUGGCUUGACGGUGGACGAAUCAUGGAUGGGCUGGGUGUUAUCGUCACGAACAGUGGUGGUGCUAGCGAGAUUGUUCCUGAAGUUGUCGUUGGCUGUGCGCAAAAGGCUGCAAUUGUCACGGGCGGUGGUAGCUUGGUGCAUAUCUUUCGAGACGCUGACAAGAUUUGCGUGCUGGGUCGGCGCGUUGCCGGAGUGUGCGGUAGAGUGGAUACUAGAGUUGAUGCUUCUGCUGUUGCUGUUGGGAAGAGAUCGGGAAUCAAAGCGUUCGUUGUUAAGAUAAUGCGACGGAACUGUAGUGGAGCGGGUAUGGAGAGCCUGAGCCUGAGCUUCCGCCUGGGCCUGUGCACGGGCCUCAGCGGCGGUCUGAUUCCUCUGGCGUGUGAACGUCAGCCGAGACUCGAGGUCCAAUGUGAGUGGAGACGCCUUCUGUUCUUGCUUGGUAGCAGCGAUGGUGGACGCGCCUCCGUUAGCGGUCGAACGUAAGACCUGCCGGUGACUUCCGCUAGUGGCAUGAAAAUCCGCCUCGGACAUCGAGGGCAAGGAGCUCAUGAGCUUUCGAGACGCUCCACCGCGGGAAGACGCGGUCGCGGCAGCUUCAAGUCCACGAAGUCGUGCGUCAGCAGUGUGGACAUCGGAGGCCGACAUACUGAACUCGGAAGACAGCCCUUGAGACAGCCCUUGCUGCUGAGCGCGGAGAAGGCGCUCUGCGUUCUGCUGACGCGUUUCGUGAGCUUGAAGAAUGAGGCGCUCCAUUUGCGUAAACCCAUUUUGAGCACGUGUCGAAAUAAGGGGAUUCGUGAUACCGCUGCUGAGAGCCAUUUGCAUCUGCAGUAAGUCCGGAGAGAAGGCUUGCUCAGUAUUGUACGCAUUGGAUGGCAAGCGCAAGCUGGACGAGACGAAAUCGGCAGCCUGAGAAUGGAGGCCAUCGUUUCGAUGUGCGUGAACAGUCCCGAGGGCACGCAAGUCACUGAGAGUUUGCUGAUUGUGAAGUCCUAUGGGCGGCGGCAGCUCGGGGAGGUUGACCGGAGCGUAGAGAUCAGGCGAAAGCGAGAGAUCGGAGGGCAUAGGCGGAGAAAGAUCGAAGUUGGGACUCGGGAUACGUGAAGCCUGGCUGCUAGGAUGCAGCUGAGUGCCUUUGAGAUUGAGCAGCGCCGCUUGAGCCAUGGUAAGCCUCGCAGGAGAGUUCUCGCCAUCGCGAGUCAUGCGCUCCGCGCGCUACACAAA